AUCUUUAGUUAAACAGCUCUCAAUUUUUACAAGAAUUUAAGUUUUAUUUCGAUUAAAAUUUGGUUUCAGAAUUUGAUAAUGGAGGAGACGCCGAGGUCAGUCGGCGAGGCAUCGACGACUAAUUUCGUGGCGGCGAGACCGUCGUCGGCGAAGACCGAUGCAGUGACGAUGAAAGGUUGUGGUUUUGCUAAUCUUGCAUUGGUUGGUAUAGACAGAGAAGAGCUUCGAGGGAGACUAGCGAUGCCUGAGUAUCUUCGUCUAGCUAUGAGAGAUUGUAUCAAGCGGAAAGAUUCAACGGAGAUUCCUGAUCAUUUGCUACUUCCUGGCGGCGCCGCCGCAGAUAUGGCUCCUCACGCGCCAAUGGUUGUGUUCAUUAACCCGAAAAGUGGUGGUCGUCAUGGUCCUGUUCUUAAAGAGAGGCUUCAACAAUUGAUGACUGAAGAACAGGUAUUUGAUCUCACAGAAGUGAAGCCUCAUGAAUUUGUACGGUACGGUUUGGCCUGCUUGGAGACAUUGGCAGCGAAAGGAGAUGAAUGUGCAAGAGAAUGCAGAGAAAAGAUGCGGAUCAUGGUAGCAGGCGGUGAUGGUACGGUUGGUUGGGUUCUUGGAUGUCUCGGUGAGCUUCAUAAAGACGGAAAAUCACAUAUUCCUCCUGUUGGAGUUAUACCUCUUGGUACAGGAAAUGACCUCUCCAGGAGUUUUGGUUGGGGUGGUUCAUUCCCUUUUGCUUGGAGAUCUGCUAUGAAAAGAACAUUACAUCGAGCAACUUUAGGUUCCGUUUCUCGAUUAGAUAGCUGGAAGAUUGUAGUGUCGAUGCCAUCUGGAGAAGUCGUUGAUCCUCCUUAUUCUUUGAAGCCUACAACAGAGGAAACUGCACUUGAUCAGGCUUUGGAUGCUGAUGGUGAUGUACCUCCUAAAGCAAAGUCUUAUGAAGGAGUGUUCUACAACUACUUUAGCAUAGGUAUGGAUGCUCAAGUUGCAUACGGAUUCCACCAUCUUCGCAAUGAGAAACCGUAUCUAGCUCAAGGCCCUGUUACAAAUAAGAUUAUUUAUUCGAGUUACAGUUGCACUCAGGGUUGGUUUUGCACGCCUUGUGUCAACAAUCCAGGUCUAAGGGGACUAAGAAACAUAAUGAAAAUCCAUAUUAAAAAGGCAAAUUGUUCCGAAUGGGAAGAGAUCCAUGUUCCUAAAAGUGUGAGAUCGAUUGUGGUAUUGAAUCUUUAUAACUAUGGAAGUGGAAGACAUCCAUGGGGUAAUCUCAGACCAAAAUAUUUAGAGAAGAGAGGAUUUGUGGAGGCGCAUUGUGACGACGGGCUGAUAGAGAUAUUCGGUUUAAAGCAAGGUUGGCAUGCAUCAUUUGUAAUGGCUCAAAUCAUCUCAGCUAAACACAUUGCUCAGGCGGCUGCUAUUAGAUUUGAACUAAGAGGAGGUGAUUGGAAAAAUGCAUUCUUGCAAAUGGAUGGUGAGCCAUGGAAACAACCGAUGAAGAGUGAUUAUUCGACUUUUGUAGAGAUCAAAAAGGUUCCUUUUCAGUCAUUAAUGAUCAACGGCGAAUGAUUGAGGAAACUCUUUUCUAUCUUUCGCAUUAUCGAGAAGUUGUAAAAGAAAAAAAAAAAGAGGCUGAUUCUUUCUGUAUUUCUUCUGUUCCAUCAAUUAGUCAAAGUAGUGAUAUCUAUGUCCAGCUUUUGCUGCUACUGUUGUUGUUGUUGUGCUAGUGAUGCAUUUAACUUUGUGUAAUUUAUUAAAAAAGAUGGUAAUCU